AUGUUGCUCCCUGCCUUCCUCUUUGGGAUGGCGUGGACACUGGCUAGCGGGCGGUGGUGUGAGUGGACCAAGACCAUCCGUGUGGAGGAGGAAGUAGCUCCCCGUCAGGAGGACCUAGUGCCCUGUUCCAGCCUUGACUAUUAUAGCCGCCUGGGCUGGCGGCUGGACCUGCCCAGGAGUGGCCGCACAGAGCUCACUUGGCCCCCAGCACCCGGGCUCUGUCCCAUCUACAAACCAGCAGAAACCCGGCCUGCCUCACGGAACCGGACAGUGAGGGCUUGCUGCCCAGGCUGGGGGGGCCCCCACUGUACAGAGGCCCUUGCCAGAGCUAGCCCCGAAGGCCACUGCUUUGCCACAUGGCAGUGCCAGCCUCAGGCAGGCUCGGCUAAUGCCUCAGCUAGAAGCUUGGAGGAGUGCUGUGCCCAGCCCUGGGGACGCAGCUGGCAGGAUGGCAGCUCUCAGGCCUGCCUCAGCUGCUCCGGCCGACACCUGCCAGGUGGUGCCUCCUCUUCAACCCUCCUGCAGCCCCUGGCAGGGGCCGUGGGCCAACUCUGGAGCCAGCGUCAGCGUUCCUCAGCCACCUGUGCCACCUGGUCCAGCUUCCACUACCGCACCUUUGAUGGACGCCACUACCACUUCCUGGGCCGCUGCACCUACCUACUAGCAGGCGCGGCUGAUUCCAGCUGGGCUGUCCACCUCAGGCCAAGGGACCACUGCCCUCAGCCUAGGCAUUGUCAGCUGGUCCUGGUGACAAUGGGACCUGAGGAGGUACUGAUCCAGGCUGGAAAUGUCUCUGUGAAGGGGCAGCUGGUACCUGAAGGGGAGUCUCGGCUGCUCCAUGGGCUGAGCCUGCAGUGGUUGGGAGACGGGCUGGUACUGUCAGGCGGCCUGGGUGUUGUGGUGUGGCUGGACAGAGCCGGCUCCAUCUCCAUCUCUGUGGACCAUGAGACCUGGGGACAGACACAAGGUCUCUGUGGGCUCUACAAUGGCCGACCUGAGGAUGACUUUGUGGAGCCAAGUGGCGAGCUGGUCGUGUUAGCAUCCACCUUUGGAAAUUCCUGGAGAAUCCCUGACUCGGAGCCUGGGUGUCUGGAUGCAGUGGAGGCAGCCCAGGGCUGUGAGGACUCCCCGGGGGACACAGAGAUGGGUGUGGAACUCGGCCAGCUGCAAGCUGAAGCCCAGGAUGUAUGCCAUCAGCUGCUGGACAGUCCAUUUGGGCAGUGCCAUGCUCAGGUUCCCCCGGCUGAGUACCACGAGGCCUGCCUCUUCGCCUACUGCGCAGCGGCCGUGGCAGGCAGUGGGCAAGAGAGGCGGCGGGAGGCUGUGUGCGCCACUUUUGCCAACUAUGCCCAGGCCUGCGCCAGGUGGCACAUCCACAUUCACUGGAGGAAGCCUGGUUUCUGUGAACACCUGUGCCCGGGGGGCCAGCUCUACUCUGACUGCAUCUCCCUUUGCCCGCCUAGCUGUGAGGCGGUGGGCCAGGGAGAGGAGGGAUCCUGCGGAGAAGAGUGUAUGAGUGGCUGUCAGUGCCCAUACGGCCUAUUCUGGGACGGUGCCCUCUGUGUGCCUGCUGCCCACUGCCCCUGCUACCACCGACGCCAGCGCUAUGCCCCUGGUGACACUGUGCACCAGCUGUGUAAUCCCUGCGUGUGCCAGGAUGGCCGCUGGCACUGCACCCAGACCCCGUGCCCUGCUGAGUGUGCAGUGGGCGGGGAUGGGCACUACCACACCUUUGAUGGGCGGAGCUUCUCCUUCCGGGGCCACCAAGGUUGCCGCUACAGCCUGUUGCAGGACUACGUGAAAGGGCAGCUGCAGAUCCUGCUGGAACAUGGGGCCUGCGACUCGGGGAGCUGCCUCCAUGCCAUCUCUGUCUCUCUAGGGGACACCCACAUCCAGCUCAGGGACUCAGGAGCUGUGCUGGUCGAUGGGCAGGACGUGGGCUUGCCCUGGAUUGGUGCUGGGGGCCUCAGUGUCCUCCAAGCCUCCUCCACCUUCCGGCUGUUGCGCUGGCCUGGGGCCCAGAUCCUCUGGGGAGUCUCUGAUUCUGCAGCCUACAUCACCCUGGACCCCCGCCAUGCCCACCAGGUGCAGGGUCUGUGCGGCACCUUCACCUGGAACCAGCAGGACGACUUCCUGACACCAGAUGGGGAUGUGGAGACCAGCAUUGCUGCCUUUGCUAACAAGUUUCAGGUGGCAGGCGAGGGCAGGUGCCCCUUGGGGGACAGUGCAUCAUUCUCCCCCUGCAGCACCCACUCCCAGCACUAUGCUUUCGCAGAGGCAGCCUGUGCCAUCCUGCAUGGCCCAGUCUUCCAGGAGUGCCACGGGCUAGUGGACAGGGAGCCGUUCCAGCUUCGCUGCUUGGCAGCCGUGUGUGGCUGUGCCCCCAGCAGGGACUGCCUGUGCCCAGUGCUUUCUGCCUAUGCACGCCGCUGUGCUCAGGAGGGUGCCCCACCUCCCUGGAGGAAUCAGACCCUCUGCCCUGUCCUGUGUUCUGGUGGUCAGGAGUACCAGGAGUGUGCCCCAGCAUGCGGUCGACACUGCGGGGAGCCAGAGGACUGUGGCAAGCUGGGCGGCUGUGUGGCUGGUUGUAACUGUCCCGCAGGGCUGCUGUGGGACCCUGAGGGUCAGUGUGUACCCCCCCACUUGUGCCCCUGCCAGCUCGGAGUCCAUCGCUAUGCCCCUGGCAGUACCACCAUGAAGGACUGCAACCACUGUGUCUGCCAGGAAAGAGGCCUCUGGAAUUGCACGUCUCGCCACUGCCCCUCACAGCGGGCAUUCUGCCCCAGGGAGCUUAUCUAUGCCCCUGGUGCCUGCCUCCUCACCUGUGACAGCCCCAGUGCUGACCACUCCUGCCCCAAGGGCAGCUCUGAUGGCUGUGUCUGUCCACCAGGCACUGUGCUACUGGAUGAUCGCUGUGUGCCUCCUAACCUCUGUCCCUGCCGUCACAGUGGACAGUGGUACCCACCCAAUGCCACCAUCCAGGAGGAUUGCAACACUUGUGUGUGCCAGGGUCGGCGGUGGCACUGCACAGGCCAGCAGUGCAGUGGGCGGUGCCAGGCAUCGGGAGCCCCCCACUAUGUGACGUUUGAUGGACUGGCCCUCACCUUUCCUGGGGCCUGCGAGUACUUGCUGGUUCGAGAGGCCAGCGGCCGGUUCACAGUCUCUGCCCGGAACCUGCCCUGUGGGGCCAGUGGUCUCACCUGCACCAAGGCGCUGACCGUGCGUCUGGAGAGCACUGUUGUACACAUGCUCAGAGGCUGGGCAGUAACAGUGAAUGGAGUGAGUGUGACACCCCCCAAGGUCUACACAGGCCUCGGGCUGUGCCUGCACCGUGCCGGCCUCUUUCUGCUGCUCACCACUCGCCUGGGCCUCACCCUGCUCUGGGACGGAGGCACCCGGGUUCUGGUGCAGCUCUCUCCCCAGUUCCAUGGGCGUGUGACUGGAUUGUGUGGAGACUUUGAUGGAGAUGCCAAUAAUGACCUUCGGAGCCGCCAGGGUGUCCUGGAACCCACGGCUGAGCUGGCCGCCCACUCCUGGCGCCUCAAUCCCCUCUGCCCAGAGCCAGGAGACCUGCCACACCCCUGCACCGUGAAUGUGCACCGGGUUGGCUGGGCUCAGGCCCGCUGUGGGGUGCUGCUGCAGCCACUCUUUGCCCCAUGCCAUGCGAAUGUGCCCCCGCAGCAACACUACGAGUGGUGUGUGUAUGACGCCUGCGGCUGUGAUUCGGGGGGCGACUGUGAGUGCCUCUGCUCAGCCAUUGCCACCUACGCAGACAAGUGCUCCCAGCAUGGGCAUCAUGUGCGCUGGCGCAGCCAGGAACUCUGCCCCCUGCAGUGUGAAGGGGGACAGAUGUAUGAGGCCUGUGGCCCCACGUGUCCCCACACCUGCCACGACCACCAUCCUGAGCCCGGGUGGCACUGCCAGGCCGUGGCCUGCGUGGAGGGCUGCUUCUGUCCUGAGGGGACUCUGCUGCAUGGAGGAACCUGCGUGGAGCCAGCUUCCUGCCCCUGUGAGUGGGGCAGCAGCACCUUCCCACCAGGGACUGUGCUGCAGAAGGACUGUGGGAACUGCACGUGCCAGGAAGGUCAGUGGCAUUGUGGAGAUGACAGUGCCCACUGUGAGGAACUGGUGCCUGGCUGUGCAGAGGGAGAGGCCCCAUGCCGGGAGAAUGGACACUGUGUGCCCCAUGGGUGGCUUUGUGACAACCAGGAUGACUGUGGUGAUGGCUCAGAUGAGGAGGGCUGUGCUACCCCAGGCUGUGGGGAGGGGCAGAUGUCUUGCAGAUCCAGCCAUUGUCUGCCCCUGGCCCUUCUCUGUGACGGUCAUGAUGACUGUGGAGAUGGCACGGAUGAGCAGGGCUGCCCGUGCCCCCAGGGCUCACUGGCCUGCGCUGACGGGCGCUGCCUGCCCCCGGCCCUGCUCUGCGAUGGGCAUUCUGACUGCCCAGACGCUGCUGAUGAAGAGUCCUGUCUGGGGCUGGUGAACUGUGUCCCUGGGGAGGUGUCCUGCAUCGACGGCACCUGUGUGAGAGGCAUCCAGCUGUGUGAUGGAGUCUGGGACUGCCCAGAUGGUGCUGAUGAAGGGCCUGGACACUGUCCCCUCCCCUUUCUGCCCACGCCUCCUGCUGGCACCUUGCCUGGCCCUUCUGCUGGCUCCUUGGCCACCACCAUUCCCGGUGAGUCUCCGGCGCCGCCCUGCGGCCCCUUCGAGUUUCCGUGCGACAGCGGCGAGUGCGCCCCGCGGGGCUGGCGCUGCGACCAGGAGGAGGACUGCGCCGACGGCAGCGACGAGCGCGGCUGCGACCGGCCCUGCGCGCCUCCCCGCGCGCCCUGCGCCCACGGCCCGCACUGCGUGUCCCGCGGGCAGCUGUGCGACGGCGUGCCGCAGUGCCCCGACGGUUCGGACGAGGACCCUGACGCCUGCGAAAGGCUGCCAGCCCCAGGAGGUCCAAAUGAGACAGGGCUUCCCUGCCCAGAAUACACUUGUCCUAAUGGUGUCUGUAUUAGCUUCUGGCAGGUGUGUGACGGGCAGCCUGACUGUGAAGAAGCAGAGGAGGCAAGACCCUCCCCAGAAGAGCAGGGUUGUGGGGCCUGGGGCCCCUGGACUCCGUGGGGACCCUGCAGCCAGACAUGCGGGUCUGGGGUGCAGGGCCAGAGCCGCCACUGCUCCCCUCCUGGUCUCCUGGUGCUGCAGGACUGCCCAGGCCCUGAGCACCAGUCUCAGGCCUGCUUCACCGUGGCCUGCCCAGUGGAUGGUGAGUGGAGCUCCUGGUCUCCCUGGUCUCUGUGCUCCGAGCCAUGUAAGGGUACCAUGACACGGCAGAGGCAGUGCCACCCACCCCAGAAUGGGGGCCGUACCUGUGCUGCGCUACCGGGGGGCCCGCACAGCACCCGCCAGACCAAACCCUGCCCUCAGGACGGCUGCCCUAAUGUCACCUGCUCUGGGGAGCUGGUGUUUCAUCCCUGUGCCCCUUGCCCGCUGACCUGUGAUGACAUCUCUGGGCAAGCUGCAUGCCUACCUGACCAGCACUGCAGUGGCCCAGGCUGCUGGUGCCCAGAAGGGCAGGUGCUGGGCAGUGAAGGGUGGUGUGUGUGGCCCCGGCAGUGCCCAUGCCUGGUAGAUGGCGCCCGUUACUGGCCUGGGCAGCACAUCAAGGCUGACUGCCGCCUCUGCAUCUGCCAAGAUGGGCGGCCCCGGCGCUGCCGGCCCAACCCGGACUGUGCUGUGGACUGUGGCUGGUCCUCCUGGUCACCCUGGGCCGAGUGCCUGGGCCCCUGUGGAAGCCAGAGCAUCCAGUGGUCCUUCCGGAGCCCCAACAAUCCCCGCCUCUCCGGCCGAGGUCGCCAGUGCCGUGGCAUCCACCGUAAGGCCCGCAGGUGCCAGACAGAGACUUGUGAGGGGUGUGAGCACCAGGGCCAGGUCUACCGUGUCGGGGAGCGCUGGCGCAGGGGCCCCUGCAGGGUAUGCCAGUGUCUGCACAACCACACCACACGCUGCUCCCCCUUCUGCCCACUGGGCAACUGCCCCCAGGGCUGGGUCCUAGUGGAGGGAGCGGGAGAAUCAUGUUGCCACUGUGCCCUGCCUGGGGAGAACCAGACCAUCCACCCCAUGGCUACUCUUGGCCCUGCUCCAGUCCCCAGUUCCCAGAUCGGAUCCCCUCUGGCCACCUACAUUCUGCCUCCGCGGGGAGACCUCUGCUAUUCUCCCCUGGGGCUGGCCCAACCGCCCAAGGGCAGCCUAGCUGCAUCACCCCAGCGGCUGGAGCACUCCACCUGGGCUGCCCUCCCAGGGGCUCCCACUGAGGGCCCUGACCCUCAGGGAUGGCACCCCCGAGAGAACACUUCUGCUAGAUGGCACACCCAGCCCCCCUACUUGCAGCUGGACCUGCUGCAGCCUCGGAACCUCACGGGCAUCAUAGUGCAGGGGCCUGGUUCCUCUAGCACUUAUGCCACCAGCUUCUUGCUCCAGUUCAGCAGUGAUGGUCGACGCUGGCAUGACUAUCAUGACAUCCUGCCUGGCAUCUUGCCUUUGCCCAAGCUUUUCCCUGGGAACUGGGAAGACCCGGCCCCUGCAGUAUGGACAUUCGGCCAGAUGGUGCAGGCGAGGCACAUCAGGGUGUGGCCCCACAGUGUCCACCACAGUGAUGUCAACCGAGGCAUCUUCCUGCGGGUGGAACUGCUGGGCUGUGAGCCAGGGUCCCCACCAGCGCCUCUUUGCCCGGGGGCCGGGCUCAAAUGUGCCAGCGGUGAGUGUGCCCUGAGAGGGGACCCAUGCAACGGGGUUGCAGAUUGCGAGGAUGGCUCAGAUGAAGAGGGCUGUGUGCCCCUGCCCUCAGGCACUGGCAGAGUGCUUUCCACAGCCAGGACCCCAGCCCUCUCCACCCAGCCCAGGCAGCUGCUCCCCCAGCCCAGGGAGGGUCAGGCAGAGACUGAGCACUGGCAUUCCAGGCAGGAGCCGCCCAUGCCCCCCACAGUGAGUCCUGCCCCAGCCUCCUGGGCUCCUCACUUGAGUUCUGGGGAAUCCGUGCAGACGGGGACCACCUCCUCCACACCCCAGACAGAGGCCAGGACGCUUCCACCAGGAAUGGCAGCUGUGACAGUGCUUCCCCCACACCCAGUGACUCUGGCGACCCCUGCUGGUCAGAGCAUCACCCCGGGGCCCUUCCCACCUGUGCGUUGUGGCCCCAGCCAGAUGCCCUGCGAGGUGCUGGGCUGCGUGGAGCAGGCGCAGCUGUGUGACGGCAGAGAGGACUGCCUUGAUGGCUCUGACGAGAAGCACUGUGCUCAUAUGGAAAAGAGCUUAGAGACGCUUGGGGUUAAGGGGCUCAGUGUAUCUUCCAGUUUGAUGCACUUUGUUCCCUUCUCUCUCCCUUUUUGGGCAGCAAGCACUGUACCCUUCACGGUACCUUCCACCGUCCUGCCAGGACUGGUGGCCUCGAGGGCCCUCUGUUCCCCAAGCCAACUGCACUGCAGCAGUGGGGAAUGCCUGCCUGCUGAGCGGCGCUGUGAUUUGCGGCCAGACUGCCAGGACGGCUCGGACGAGGACAACUGUGUAGACUGUGUGCUGGCCUCCUGGUCUGGCUGGAGCAGCUGUAGCCGAAGCUGUGGCCUGGGCCUCGCCUUCCAACGCCGGGAGCAGCUGCGGCCUCCCCUGCCUGGGGGCAACUGCCCACAAGCCCAACUCCGCAACCAGUUCUGCUUUGAACAGGCCUGCCCAGUGGCUGGGGCAUGGGCCUUGUGGGAGGCCUGGGGACCCUGCAGCGUCACCUGCGGGGGUGGCCAUCAGAGUCGCCAGAGAAGCUGUGUGGACCCCCCGCCCAAGAAUGGCGGAGCCUCUUGCCCCGGGGCCUCUCAAGAGAGAGCCCCCUGUGGCCUGCAGCCCUGCAUAGGUGGCACAGACUGUGGGCCGGGCUAUGUGCAUGUGAGUGCCGAUCUGUGCCAGAAGGGGCUGGUGCCUCUGUGCCCACCCUCCUGCCUGGAUCCCGAGGCCAACAGAAGCUGCAGUGGGCACUGUAUGGAGGGAUGCCGCUGCCCCCCAGGGCUCCUCCUCCAUGACAGUCGUUGCCUGCCCCUCUCUGAGUGUCCCUGCCUCGUGGGCGAAGAGCUGAAGCAGCCAGGGGUGUCCUUCCUCCUGGCCAACUGCAGCCAGUGCACAUGUGAGAAGGGGGUUCUGGUGUGUGAACCAGGGGGCUGCCCCCUACCCUGUGGCUGGUCAGCCUGGUCCUCCUGGGCUCCCUGCGACCGCUCCUGUGGCUCUGGAGUAAGGGCCAGAUUCAGGUCUCCCUCCAACCCUCCGGCAGCUUAUGGAGGUGCCCCGUGUGAAGGUGACAUGCAGGAACUGCAGGCCUGCCACACCAAGUGUGGGACAGAGGUGCUGGGCUGGACACCCUGGAUGUCCUGGUCUUCCUGUUCCCAGAGCUGCCUUGUCCCUGGAGGGGACCCCGGCUGGCGUAGUCGUUCCCGGCUCUGCCCCGGCCACAGGGACACAUCCUGCCCAGGGGAGGCCACCCAAGAGGAGCCCUGCAGCCUUCCUGUAUGCCCAGUGCUGAGCAUUUGGGGUCUAUGGACUCCAUGGUCUGCCUGCUCAGCCCCUUGUGAUGGAGGUGUCCAGACACGUGUGCGCAGUUGCUCCAGCUUGGCUCCCAGGGACCCUGCAUGCCAGGGACCCCACAGUCAGACCAGGGACUGCAACAUGCAGCCCUGCACAGCUCAGUGUCCAGGGAACAUGGUGUUCCGCUCAGCAGAGCAGUGUCACCAGGAAGGGGGUCCGUGCUCUCAGCUAUGCCUGGCACAGGGCCCCGGAGUGGAAUGCACAAGUUCCUGUGCCCCCGGCUGCACCUGCCCCCCUGGCCUCUUCCUGCACAAUGCAAGCUGCCUGCCCCGCAGCCAGUGCCCCUGCCAGCUGCAUGGGCAGCUCUACACACCAGGAGCAGUAGCUCGCCUGGACUCCUGCAACAACUGCACCUGUAUCUCUGGCGAGAUGGUGUGCACCUCGGAGCUCUGCCCAGUGGCCUGUGGCUGGAGUCCCUGGACCCCGUGGAGCCUCUGCAGCCGCAGUUGCAAUGUGGGCAUUCGGCGGCGCUUCCGGGCAGGCACUGCACCUGAAGCUGCUUUUGGGGGUGCUGAGUGCCAGGGCCCCAACAUGGAGGCUGAAUUCUGCAGCCUGCAGCUAUGUCAAGGUCCUGGUGGGGAGUGGGGCCCCUGGUCUGUGUGCUCCGUGCCCUGUGGUGGUGGCUACAGGAACCGUACCCGAGGCAGCGGCCUGCACAGCCCCAUGGAGUUCUCUACCUGUGGCCUGCAGCCCUGUGCAGGACCAGUGCCUGGUGUGUGUUCCAGGGGCAAGCUGUGGCUGGACUGUGCCCAGGGCCCUGCUUCCUGUGCAGAGCUCAGUGCCCCAAGAGGGACUAACCAGACCUGCCACCCAGGCUGCUACUGUCCACCUGGGAUGCUCCUGCUGAACAACGUGUGUGUACCCACCCAGGACUGCCCCUGCGCCCAUGGGGGGCGCCUCCAUCCCCCAGGCAGUGCUGUGCUUCGUCCAUGUGAGAACUGCUCCUGUGUCUCAGGGCUCAUCACCAACUGCAGUUCCUGGCCUUGUGAGGAGGGUCACCCCAUAUGGUCACCGUGGACGCCAUGGAGCGAGUGCUCAGCUUCCUGUGGCCCUGCCCGACGCCACCGGCACCGCUUUUGUGGAAGGCCCCCCAGCAUGGUGCCAUCCACUGUGGUUCCACUGCCCCCACUAGCCACCUACGCACCUCCCUGCCCAGGCCCCGAGGCUGAGGAGGAGCCGUGCCGCCUGCCAGGGUGUGACCGAGCUGGGGCCUGGGGUGUAUGGGGACCCUGGUCCCACUGUAGCCGGAGCUGUGGGGGAGGCCUGAGGAGCCGCACCCGAGCCUGUGACCAACCCCCACCCCAGGGCCUGGGAGAUUACUGUGAGGGGCCUCAAGCCCAGGGGGAAACCUGCCAGGCUCUGCCAUGCCCAGCGACCAACUGCACAACCAUUGAAGGGGCCAAGUACAGCCCCUGCGGCCCUCCCUGUCCUCGCUCCUGUGAUGACUUAAUGCACUGCGUGUGGCACUGCCAGCCUGGCUGCUACUGCCCCCCAGGCCAGGUGCUGAGUGCCGACGGGGCCAUCUGCUUGCAGCCGGGUCAUUGCGACUGCCUUGACCUGCUGACCGGGCAGCGACACCGUCCGGGCACUCAGCUGGCAAGGCCCGAUGGCUGCAACCACUGCACUUGCUUGGAGGGGAAGCUGAACUGCACAGAUCUACCCUGCCCAGUGCCCGGUGACUGGUGUCCAUGGUCAGAGUGGACAGCGUGCUCCCAGCCCUGCAGGGGCCAGACCAGGACCCGAUCCAGGGCCUGUGUCUGCCCUGCUCCUCAACAUGGAGGUGCUCCGUGCCUGGGGGAUGCUGAGGAGGCAGGGGCCCAGCAUCAGAGGGAGGCCUGCCCCGACCUCACCAUGUGCCCAGUGGAUGGAGCCUGGAGCCCAUGGGGACCAUGGUCUCCCUGUGAUGCGUGCCUGGGGCAGUCCCAGCGAAGCCGGGCAUGCACCCAGCCCCCCGCCCCUGAGGGAGGGAGGCCUUGCCCUGGGGGCCACAUGCAGAGUCGCCCUUGUCAGGACAAUGCCACACGAUGCACAGACUGUGGGGGUGGCCAGAGUCUGCUCCCCUGUGGGCAGCCCUGCCCUCGCUCCUGCCAGGACCUAUCCCCCGGGAGUGUGUGCCAGCCAGGCCCCACAGGCUGCCAGCCCAGCUGUGGGUGCCCCCCGGGCCAGCUCUCCCAGGAUGGGCUCUGCGUACCCCUGGCCCACUGCCGCUGCCAGUACCAGCCUGGAGCCAUGGGGAUCCCUUUGAACUGGAGUCGGUCAGCAGGGUCUAGGCUCAGCUCCUGGGAAAGCCUGGAACCUGGAGAGGUAGUAACUGGGCCAUGUGACAACUGCACCUGUGUGGCAGGCAUCCUGCAAUGCCAGGAGGUGCCCAGCUGUCCGGGACCUGGGGUAUGGGGCUCCUGGGGCUCCUGGGAGGACUGCAGCGUUUCGUGUGGGGGAGGGGAGCAGCUUCGCUCCCGGCUCUGUGCCCGGCCCCCCUGCCCAGGGCCCACCCGCCAGAGCCGCCAGUGCAGCACCCAGGUCUGCCGAGAGGCAGGCUGCCCGGCCGGCCGCCUGUACCGUGAGUGUCAGCCCGGCGAGGGAUGCCCCUUCUCCUGCGCCCACAUCACACAGCAGGUGGACUGCUUCUCCAGUGGCUGCAAGGAGGGCUGCCACUGCCCUGAGGGCACCUUCCAGCACCGCCUGGCCUGUGUCCAGGAGUGCCCCUGUUUGCUGACACCCUUGCUGCUCCAAGAGCUGGGAGCCACUGGUGGCAACCCUGGGGUGCAUCCUCCCUUUCUGGGAGAGGGGGGUCAACUCCUUGGGCCUGGAGAUGAGCUGGACUCGGGCCAGAUACUUCAUACUGGCUGCAGCAACUGCUCCUGUGCACACGGAAAGCUGUCUUGCUCCAUGGAGGAUUGCUCCGAGGCCCGUGAUGGUUUCAGUCCCUGGAGCCCAUGGGGCCCGUGUUCCCACUCCUGUGGUGGGCUGGGCACCCGCACCCGCAGCCGCCAGUGUGUCAUCCCCACGCCUGGUCCUGGCGGCCAGGGCUGUCAAGAGCCCCUCCAGGACCUCGAGUACUGCCCCAGCCCCAACUGCCCUGGGGCUGAAGGGUACACAGUGGAGCCAACGACAGGCUUUCCAGGUGGCUGGGGCCCAUGGUCCCUGUGGUCCCCCUGCUCCCGAAGCUGCACAGACCCUGCUCACCCUGCAUGGCGCAGCCGCACCCGCCUCUGCCUGGCUAACUGCACCAUGGGGGAGACCUCGCAGGAGCGCCCCUGCAACCUGCCCUCCUGCUCAGAGCUGCCCCUGUGCCCUGGCCCUGGCUGCAAGGGCGGGAACUGUUCCUGGACUCCCUGGGCCCCGUGGGAACCUUGUUCCCGCAGCUGCGGGGUGGGCCAGCAGCGCCGCCUUCGAGCAUACCAUGCCCCCGGGCCCGGUGGACACUGGUGCCCUGACAUCCUUACUGCCUACAAGGAGCGCCGCUUCUGCAACCUGCGUGCUUGCCCAGUUCCUGGGGGCUGGUCACGCUGGAGCUCCUGGUCCUGGUGUGACCAGAGCUGUGGGGGAGGCCGAUCCCUGAGGAGCCGCAGCUGCUCGAGUCCCCCACCCAAGAAUGGGGGUGACCCUUGUGUUGGGAAGAGGCACCACGUCCGGCUCUGCAAUCCCAUGCCCUGUGAGGCCAGCUGCCCAACAGGCAUGGAGGUGGUUGCCUGUGCCAACCGCUGCCCCCGCCGCUGCUCGGACCUCCAGGAGGGAAUUGUGUGUCAGGACGACCAGGCUUGCCAGCAGGGCUGCCGCUGCCCUGAGGGCUUCCUGGAGCAGGACGGCAGCUGCGUGCCAAUUGGACACUGCGAGUGCACAGACGCCCAGGGUCACAGUUGGGCCCCAGGGAGCCAGCACCAGGACAACUGCAACAACUGCUCCUGCCAGAAUGGGAAGCUCUCCUGCACAGCUCUGCCCUGCCCGCCUCCUGCCCACUGCUCCUGGAGCCGCUGGUCAGCCUGGAGUCCCUGCAGCCACUCAUGCGGGCCUGGAGGGCAGCAGAACCGCUUCCGGUCCUCCACAUCGGGCUCGUGGGCCCCAGAGUGUCGGGAGGAGCAGUCCCAGAGCCAGCCCUGCCCUCAGCCCCCGUGCCCACCACUGUGCCUGCAGGGCACUCACCCCCGCACCUUGGGGGACAGCUGGCUGCAGGGAGAAUGCCAGCAGUGCUCCUGCACCCCGGAGGGAGUAAUCUGUGAAGACACUGAGUGUGCAGUGCCUGGGACCUGGACGCUAUGGUCCCCCUGGUCUGAUUGCCCUGUCUCCUGUGGAGGUGGAAACCAUGUCCGCGCCCGGGCCUGCAUGGCCUUGGCUCCUGGCCAUGGGGGUCCAUCCUGCCUGGGCCCCAACACCCAGACCCAGCGCUGUGGGUGGCAGCCUUGCCUGAGUCUGCUGGAGAACUGCUCCUGGGGCCCGUGGGGACCUUGUUCCCGCAGCUGUGGCCUGGGUCUGGCCUCCCGCUCUGGGUCCUGUUCCUGCCUGCUGGUCGAGGCAGACCCCACCUGCAAUGGCACCUUCCUCCACCUGGACUCCCAAGCCUGCUACCCAGGGCCCUGUCUGGAGGAGUGUGUGUGGAGCAGCUGGAGCCGCUGGACACGCUGCUCUUGCCAAGUGCCAGUGCAGCAACGCUACCGACACCAGGGCCCGGCAUCCCGAAGGGCCAGGGCAGCGUCCUCCUGCACACGGCUGGAUGGCCACUUCCGGCCUUGCACCAUCAACAACUGCGCUGAGGACAGCUGCACACCUCCCUUUGAGUUCCAGGCCUGUGGAUCCCCCUGCGCUGGGCUCUGUGCCACACACCUGAGCCAUCAACUCUGCCAGGACUUGCCACCCUGCCAGCCCGGCUGCUACUGCCCCAAGGGACUGCUGGAGCAGGCUGGGGACUGCAUUCCUCCAGAGCAGUGUAACUGCUGGCACAUCUCAGGAGAGGGAACCAGGGUGACCCUGGCCCCUGGGGAUCGUCUUCGGCUGGGCUGUAAGGAGUGUGAAUGCCAACGUGGAGAGCUGCAGUGCACCAGCCAGGGCUGUGAAGGUCUUUUGCCUCUGACCAGCUGGUCGGAGUGGUCGCCCUGUGGGCCCUGCCUGCCCCCUAGCGCCCUGGCCCCUGCCUUCAGGACUGCUGUUGAGGGCCACUGGCCCCAGGACCCAGCUGGCCUCUCUGCCACUUCGACACCCCUGCUGGCUUCGGCGCAGUACCGCCACCGCCUCUGUCUGGACCCUGAGACAGGGAGGCCUUGGGCUGGAGACCCUCACCUCUGCACUGCACCCCUCAGCCAGCAACGCUUCUGCCCUGACCCUGGAGCCUGCAGUGACUCAUGUCAGUGGAGUCCUUGGGGGCCCUGGAGCCCCUGCCAGGUGCCUUGCAGUGGGGGAGUCCGGCUGCGCUGGAGAGAGGCAGGGGGCCCCCUUGGAGGAGGCUGCCGGGAGCCAUGGGCUCAGACCCAGAGCUGCAACAUGGGGCCCUGCCCAGGGGAGAGCUGUGAGGCCCGGGACACUGUGCUCACCCUCAGCUGUGCCAACCAGUGCCCUCGCAGCUGUGCUGACCUCUGGGACCGUGUUCAGUGUCUGCAGGGACCCUGCCACCCAGGCUGCCGCUGUCCCCCCGGCCAGCUGGUCCAGGAUGGGCACUGUGUGCCCGUCUCCUCUUGCCGCUGUGGCCUUCCCAGCACCAAUGCCUCAUGGGAGCUGGCCCCAGGUCAGGUGGUGCAGCUGGACUGCCAAAAUUGCUCCUGUGUCAAUGGGUCCCUGGUGUGCCUACACCGUGAGUGUCCACUCCUUGGGCCUUGGUCAGCCUGGAGCAAUUGCUCGGCUCCCUGUGGUGGGGGCACCAUGGAGCGACAUCGGAGCUGUGAGGGGAGUCCUGGGGGGGAGCCAUGCCAGGCUCAGGACAUGCAGCAUCAGCAGGAGUGUAACCUGCAGCCCUGCCCUGAGUGCUCUCCUGGCCAGGUGUUCAGUGCCUGUGCCACCUCAUGCCCGCGCCUCUGCUCACAUCUGCAGCCUGGUGCCAUCUGUGUGCAGGAACCUUGCCAGCCCAGCUGUGGCUGCCCUGAAGGGCAGCUGCUGCACAAUGGCACGUGUGUGCCCCCCGCUGCCUGCCCCUGCACCCAGCUCUCUCUGCCCUGGGGCCUCACCCUGACCCUUGAAGAGCAGGCCCAGGAGCUUCCCCCAGGGACGGUGCUCACCUGGAACUGCACCCGCUGUAUCUGCCAAGGUGGAGCCUUCAGCUGCUCCCUUGCCGACUGUCAGGAUUGCCCCCCUGGGGAAAUGUGGCAGCAGGUGGCCCCUGGGGAGCUGGGGCCCUGUGAGCAGACAUGCCGGGAAAUAAACACCACGGAGACUUGGAACAACUGCAGUGUGGCACAGGCCUCGGGCUGUGUGUGCCAGCCCGGGUACUUCCGCAGCCAGGCGGGCCCCUGCGUCCCCGCAGACCUCUGCGAGUGUUGGCACCUCGGGCGUCCCCACCUGCCUGGAUCCGAAUGGCAGGAGGCCUGUGAGCACUGCCGCUGCCUCAGUGGGAGGACUGUCUGCAUCCAGCACUGCCCCCUUCUCACCUGUGCUCAGGGCAAGGUGAUGGUGCAGGAGCCAGGGAGCUGUUGCCCUACUUGCCUCCAGGAGACUCCGGAAGAGCCAUCAGCCACCUGCCAGCAUCUCACAGAGCUUCGUAACCUCACCAAGGGCCCCUGCUACCUGGACCAGGUAGAAGUGAGCUACUGCAGUGGGCACUGCCCAUCCAGCACCAACGUCAUGCCUGAGGAGCCCUACCUUCAGAGCCAGUGUGACUGCUGUAGCUACCGCCUGGACCCCGAGAGCCCCGUGCGGAUCCUGAACCUGCGCUGUCCAGACGGCCACACAGAGCCGGUGGUGCUACCGGUCAUUCACAGCUGCCAGUGCAGCGCCUGUCAGGGAGGUGAUUUCUCAAAGCGCUGACAGGUUCGACUGGACGAGUCCACCGCCAUCCCUCUGUGAUCAUGGGGCUCAGCGGCACUGACCUUCACCCAUGCACACCCGCCUGCCCCCGACUAGGGAUCUAUGCCCUGGCAUUAGCAUGUCCUGAAUAAAGUGACAAUGGCA